AUGUACAAUGUUGAAGGCACAAUAAUUGGUGUUGAUUUGGAGGAGGAUUGGAAGUACGUUCGGUGUACCAUAUGUCGUAAGAAGACGACUUUUUCAGAUGCACGCUACCUUUGUUUGAAAUGCAAUAGAUAUGUCGUCAAUCCCCGUCAUUCGUAUAAACUGGCUGUUCAAUUAUGGAACCAAGAAAAAGAGAUUACAUGUGUUCUCUUUGACGAUGCUGCAAAUCUUCUUCUCGGACUUACGGCUGAACAAUUGAUUAUAAAGACCUUAUCAGAGGGUGCUAAUGAUCCGUAUUGGAUAUAUGAAUUUCUGAUGGACGCUUUAUGUGCUCGGCAUGUGAUUUUUAGGAUAAGAGUUGAUGAUUACAAUUUGGCACCUACUUACAGUCCACGCUUCACCGUAUCAAAAUACUUGGGUGACGAUAUUAAUAAUCUUGCUACCACUUUACUUCCUUCAACAUGUCCUUCUGCUGAUGUUCUCCAUGACGAAGCUAGCGAGUUUUUAUGUCGGAUCAAUGAUGAUGAAUGGGACAUGAUACACGAGUCAUUAUGGGGACCACGUAUUUUGCCGACAGAAUCUAAAACGUCGUUGUCAUCGGCGAUUGUUGAUACGGAACAUGAGGUUGAUUAUGCUAAUUCUCAGUUUGCCCCAACAAAUGAUCCCAAAAAUACGCCAAAUUUGUCAGAUGCGGACCAGACGACAACUCAACAAGAAGAAAAUACGUCAUCGGUGGUUGAUAACGUGGAACAUGAGGUCGACACUGGCAAUUCUAAAUGUUCCCGGGUAGAUGAUGCUAGAUGUACACCAACUUCAUCAGAUGUCCACAAUGCAACAAGUCAAGAAGAAUGGUAG